UUUCCUCUCACAUCUCCAAUCCAUGCUGAUUGCCCAGAAAAUGAGCCAUGAUAUGGAGAACUCCAUGAUGCCGGAAAGUGAUGAGUUGGUUUUCUUUGUCAAUGGACGCAAGGUUGUGGAGAGAAAUGUGGACCCUGAACUGAACCUGAUAACCUACCUGAGGAGGAAAUUGGGUCUGACCGGAACAAAGCUCGGCUGUGGGGAAGGAGGAUGUGGUUCGUGCACUGUGAUGAUCUCCAAGUACAGCCCGCUCCAGGGGAAGAUUGUACACAUGGCCGUGAACGCGUGCCUGGCGCCACUUUGCUCCCUCCACCACACGGCCGUGACCACGGUGGAGGGGAUCGGGAGUACUGGCACCCAGCUUCAUCCGGUCCAGGAGCGUAUUGCAAAGGCCCAUGGCUCCCAGUGUGGAUUCUGCACCCCUGGAUUUGUCAUGUCUGUGUACACUUUAUUACGGAACAAUCUGAACCCCACAAUGGAGGAGAUCGAAGACACUCUUCAAGGAAACUUGUGUCGCUGCACAGGAUACAGACCCAUCCUCGAGGGCUACCGCACCUUUACCCAGUCAUCGAGUUGCUGCGGUGGAGCUGGUGACGGCAGGAACUGCUGCAAGGUACAGCCUAACAAGAAAUCGCCCAAACUCUUCGAAUCAUCGGAGUUUAAGCCUCUGGAUCCCACUCAGGAACCCAUCUUCCCUCCUGAACUGGCACUUAGUGAAUCUCCUCGGAGAACGCUGGUCUUCAGAGGGGAGCGAGUCACCUGGAUUCAACCUACAACCCUGAGCGAGCUGCUGGCUCUGAAGGCUAAACACCCUGAGGCCAGGCUGGUGGUUGGCAACACGGAAGUGGGCAUUGAAAUGAAAUUCAAGAACAUGUUGUACCCGGUGAUUCUGGCUCCAACUCGUAUUCCAGAACUGAAUUCCACCCAACGCACAGAAACAGGGAUAUUGUUUGGGGCAGCAUGCACACUGACCUACAUCGGAAGCAUGCUGAAGGAAGCUGUGGACGAGCUCCCUGGCUACAGGACGGAGGUUUUCAGGGCCGUUUUGGAGCAGCUGCGCUGGUUUGCAGGGCAGCAGAUCCGGAACGUUGCGGCUGUCGGAGGGAACAUCAUGACCGCCAGCCCUAUCUCAGACCUCAACCCCCUGUUUGUGGCCUCUGGCUGUCUACUCACCUUGGCCUCCCAAGGGAGUACCCGGGUUGUGCGGAUGGACGUAGAUUUUUUUACCGGCUACAGGAAGACCAUGUUAAGCCCGCAGGAGGUCCUGGUCUCUGUGGAGAUCCCCUACACGAGGAAGGGAGAGUACUUUUCAACAUUCAAACAAGCCCAGCGGCGUGAGGAUGACAUUGCCAUAGUGAACUGUGGGAUGCGAGUUGCCUUCAGGGAGGGAACCAGUGUUGUGGAAGAGUUGGAGCUGAGCUACGGAGGCAUGGGGCCAACCACUGUGUCUGCAAAGAAGACGUGUCAGGAGCUUCUUGGGAAACAGUGGAACAAAGAGCUCCUCCAGCGCGCCUGCUCACUGCUUGCAUCCGAGCUCACCCUUUCACCCUCUGCUCCCGGUGGGAUGGUGCAAUUCCGACGUACCCUGAGCCUCAGCUUCUUCUUCAAGUUCUACCUCAGCGUCCUCCAGAAACUGGGACAAGACUUCAAGGGGGAUUUUCAAGUGGAAUCCAUCCCACCAGAACAGAUCAGUGCCACUGAGUUAUUCCACAAGGACCCGACAUCAUCUGUGCAGCUGUUUCAGGGAGCUCCUCCUGACCAGGUCCCCACGGACGUGGUUGGCCAUCCACUGCCGCAUCUGUCGAGCCUCAAACAGGCCACGGGGGAGGCCAUUUACUGCGAUGACCUGCCGCGGUUUGAGAAGGAGUUGUACCUGGCUUUAGUGACCAGCACGGAAGCUCACGCCCAGAUCAGUUCAAUUGACACUAGCCAGGCCCUGAAGGUUCCUGGAGUCACCUGUUUCCUCACGGCCAAGGACAUCCCAGGAAGCAAUGUGACCGGACAUAUAGCAAUGGAUGAGACCGUGUUCGCUGAUGAUGUGGUCACUUGUGUCGGACACAUUAUCGGGGCAGUUGUUGCUGACACAGAGGCUCAUGCCCAGAUCGCUGCAAAGGCAGUGAAGGUCACUUACAAAAAGCUAAAGCCCAUUAUCACCAUUCAGGAAGCUAUCAGUCACCGAUCCUUCCACAUUCCACCGCUCAAACUUGAGAAUGGAAACAUCGAACAAGGAUUUGGACAAGCUGAUGACAUCGUUGAGGGGGAAAUACACAUUGGAGGCCAGGAGCACUUCUACCUGGAGACACACUGCACGGUGGCUGUGCCCAGAGGUGAAGACGGUGAAAUGGAAGUCUUUUCAUCAACACAGAGCCCUUCAGAAACACAGGUCAUUGUUGCCAAGGUCCUUGGUGUCCCCGCCAACAAGAUCGUGUGUCGGGUGAAGCGGCUCGGAGGGGGCUUUGGUGGGAAGGAGUCACGCUCCACGAUCCUGUCGACUGUGGUGGCAGUUGCCGCUUAUAAGACAAAACGUCCCGUUCGAUGUGCACUCAGUCGUGAUGUGGACAUGUUAGUGAGCGGGGGAAGGAAUCCUUUUCUGGGACGCUACAAGGUUGGGUACCAGAAGAGUGGGAAAAUCGUGGCCGUGGAUCUCACACUUUACUGUAACGCAGGAAAUACCCUGGACCUUUCGUCUUCUAUCUUGGAGCGGGCAAUGUUCCACAUGGGGAACAGUUAUAAAAUCCCCAACAUUCGAGGGAUUGGCUACCCCUGCAAAACGAACCUGCCUUCCAACACAGCGUUCCGCGGAUUCGGGGGGCCUCAGGGAAUGCUGAUCGCUGAGACUUGGAUGGACGCUGUAAUCCAGAAGAGCGGACUACCUGCAGACCAAGUGCGGAAGUUGAACUUGUACCAAGAGGGAGACAUCACCUACUUCAGCCAAAAGAUGGAAGACGUGAAUAUUGUGAAAUGUUGGGAUGAAUGCAUGGAGAGCUCGUCCUAUCACAGCAGAAGAAAGGCAGUGGAUGAAUUUAACAGGCAGUAUCGCUGGAAGAAGAGAGGGCUGGCGAUUAUUCCAACCAUGUUCGGAGCAAGCUUCACUGCCACAUUCUUGAACCAGGCGGGAGCCUUGGUUCACAUUUACACUGAUGGCUCAGUGCUCCUGACUCACGGUGGGACUGAAAUGGGUCAAGGGCUCCACACCAAGAUGGUGCAGGUUGCCAGUAGAGCGCUGGGAAUUCCAGUUUCCCGGAUUCACAUCAGUGAAACAAGCACCGCCACCGUCCCGAACACAAGUCCAACAGCAGCCUCAGUCAGCUCUGAUUUGAAUGGAAUGGCAAUUAAGAAUGCGUGUCAAACUCUUCUGGAAAGGUUGGAACCAUUCAAGGCUGCCAAUCCAACAGGAGCCUGGGAGCAAUGGGUCUUCGCCGCUUACAUGGAAAGAGUGAGUCUGUCAGCAGCAGGAUUUUACAGGACUCCUGAUCUGAACUACAACUGGAAUGAAAACAAAGGAAGAGCUUACAGUUACUUUAGUUAUGGUGUGGCUUGUUCUGAGGUUGAAGUCGACUGUCUCACUGGGGAUCACAAGAACCUCCGCACUGACAUCGUCAUGGAUGUCGGCCUGAGCUUGAAUCCGGCAUUGGACAUCGGGCAGGUGGAAGGAGCCUUUGCACAGGGCCUCGGCCUCUUCACUUUGGAGGAGUUGCGUUAUUCACCGGACGGAGUCCUGUACACUCGGGGUCCGGGCACCUACAAGAUCCCAGCGGCCGGCGACAUUCCAGCCAAGUUCAACGUAUCCCUCCUUCGGGAAGCUCCAAACAAGAAAGCUAUUUACUCUUCCAAGGCUGUCGGAGAACCCCCUCUAUUCCUUGCAGCCUCCAUAUUCUUUGCCAUCAAGGAUGCCAUUGUCGCUGCCAGGGCAGCGUCUGGAGUGAUGGAACCUUUCCGUCUGGACAGCCCAGCAACGCCAGACAGGAUACGAGUUGCCUGCGUGGACGCCCUGACCGAGAUGUGCCCUCCUGCGGAACCGGGAACCUUUACUCCUUGGAACGUUGAAGUAUAGCCAGAGCGCAGAAGGUGACUGAUUCUAAUAAGCUCAUAAGGGAACAUUUGAUCAUUAUUUCGCCGUCCAACCUUCAUUGACACUCAGCAAACAGAGGCUCAUCUUCCUAUGAUCACCCUCAACCCUCAGCACAAGAAAGCAUGUCCUUUCCAAAAGAAAGACGGAAGAUAUCCUGGAAAUAAUCCGCAGGUUAGGUUGCCUCUGUGGAGAGGGAAACGGAAUGAAUGUUUCAGGUCGAUACAAACCUACAAAGUAGGAGGAGCUGUCGGCCACCCAGACUCUCAAGGAUGCUCCACCAUUCAAUGACAUCACGAAGGAUCUGAUUAUAACUGCAACCCACAAAGGAUGUCGCUAGGACUGGAGGGAUUGAGUUAUAAGGAGAGGCUGGUUAGACUGGGGCUUUUUUUUCCCUGGAGUGUAGGAGGCUGAGAGGUGACCUUAAAGAGGUAUGUGAGAUCAUGGGGGGCAAAGAUAAGAUGGAUGGUCACUGUCUUUUUCCCAAGGUAGAGGAGUCUAAAACUCUAUAAAUUUAAGGUGAGAGGGGAAAGAUUUAAAAGGGACUUUUUCACACAGAGGGUGGUGGGUACAUGGAACGAGCUUCCAGAGGAAGUGGUAGAGAUGGGUACAAUUACAAUGUUUAAAAGACAUUUGGACAGGUACACAGAUAGGAAAGGUUUAGAGGGAUUUGGGACAAAUGCAGGCAAAUGGGACUCGCUCAGGUAGGCAACUUGGUCAGCAUGGAUGAGUUGGGCCGAAGGGCCUCUUUCCAUGCUGUAUGACUCUCUGACUCUAUGACUCAACACUGCAUUCCUGUCUGGCCACACUGACCCUUCAAACCCUUUGUUAUUAUCUAUCUACCUCUGCCUUAAAAAUGUUCAAAGAUUCCGCUUCCACUGCCCGAUGAGGAAGAGACUUCCGAAGGUUCAAGGCCACCUGAGAGAAAAGAAACAUUCACCUUAUCUCUGCCGUCAGAAGUGGGAGAAGUUAGAAAUGAAACAUGUUUCAGAGACGGAGGGGAAGUGGAGAGUCUGUGACAGACUGGAGACCGAGGGACUCCAGGCAACACAAAUGAUGUUGGUGGUGUCUGAGAGAGGGUGAUGAAUGCUCGUUAAUUAUAGCUUAGCUGUCUGGAGGAGGUGUAAAUAGAGGGCGGUGAAAGAGAAUGGAGGGUAAAACCAUGCUGGAAAAUGGCACAGCUGCUGCUGGAAAUCCAAAAUAAAAGAGAGUGCUGGAAGCACCCAGCUAAUCAGGUAGUAACUGUGGGGACAGAAAAACAUGUUAGGUUGAUAUACUUCAUCAUAAUUGACCCAUUCUGACACAAACUGGAAAGGCUGGUCAUCUGAAAUUGUUGAAUUCGGUAUUGAGUCUCAGGAAGUGCAGUGUGUCCAGACAUAAGAUGAGGUUCUCUUCCUCAAACCUGCACGGUUGCAACGAAGCCCAACAUAAGAGACUAAAGACAGGUCAGAGUGGAAGUGGGAUGGUUCCAGUCACUUUGCACAUUGCCCAUCCCCCCCCCCCCACAUUUCCCUUUUUUACCUCCACCCCUGCAUGGUUUUCUCUCUUUGCCCAGCUGUGAUGAGUGGUCAUCGGACUGAAACGUUGACUGCUUGCCUCUCCACUGACGUUACCUGACCUGCCGAAUGUUUCCAACCUUAGGACAUAGAGCAUAGAACUGUGCAGCUCAGGAAUGACUGUGCCAAAGAUGAUGCCAAACAAAACCACUCCCAUCUGCUUGCACAUGAGCCCUCUCCCCUCUAUUCCCUUCAUGUUUAUGUGUUUAUCUGAAAGUGUCUUAAAUGCCACUAUCAUGUCAGCUUCCACCACCACACCUGGCAGUGUGUUCCAGGUAGGUACCACUCUCUGUGCUAAAAAACUUUGCCUGUACAUCUCCUAUAACCUCUCCUCCUCUCACCUUAAAGCUAUGCCCUCUAGUAUUGUACAUUUCCACCCUGGUAAAGAGACUUUGAAAGAGACCCUAUCUCUGCCUCUCAUAAAUUUAUAAACUUUCAGUCUCCCCUCAGCCUCCAGCGCUCCAGAGAAAACAAUCCAAGUUUGUCUAACCUCUCCUUAUAGCUCAUGCCUUCUAAUCCAAGCAACAUCCUGAUAAACCUCUUCUGCACCCUCUACAAAGCCUCCACAUCCUUCCAGUAAUGGGGCGACCAGAACUGCACGCAAUACUCCAAAGUGCGACCAGCCAAAGUUUCAUACUGCGGCUUCUGUCUUUAUUUCAGAUUGCCAGCACCUGCUGUUUUUUGCUUUUAUUUCACAUCCAAGUUCAUCGAGUCUGUGGAGUCGGACAGCACAGAAACAGGUCCUUCGGCCCAACUGGUCCAUGCUGAUGAAGAUGCCCCAUCCAGGCUAGUCCCAUUUGCCAGCUUUUGGCCCAUAACCUUAAAUUAAAUUUAAAUUUUAUUUACAGCGUGGUAACAGGCCCUUUCGGCCCAACGAGUCCGUGCCGCCCAUUUUAAACCCCCAAAUUAACCUACCCGUGCGUCUUUCCGAAUGUGGGAGGAAACCCACACAGACACGGGAGAACGGCUUCAAAAGCUUUCUGAUCCAUGUACCUGGACUUGGAACAGCCUUUGAUGAGGAAUUUACCAGGUUGCUGACAGUUGAUUCAAAGUUUAAGAUCAGGAGAAUUUGUCCCAAAACUACUCGCCAAUUUAAUUACAUUCCAAAAAGGAUCCUAGUGUUGGCCAUUGAUGGAAUUGAUCGCCAAGGAAUCUGGCCGUCCAGUUGCAGAGACUCCUUUGUGAUUACUUUUUCUCUCCACACUAUUUCCUCAGGCUCCGUCCUUUUGCCCGCCCAUCUGCUGCUCUUCAGUGGCACUGUCCGAAAACACGUGCCAGCUCAUCACCCCCUCUCUCCGUCUUUCCAUCGGCAGAGGAGUGAACGGGUGGUGCAGCAGUUACCCCUGCUUCCCCACAGCUCCAGUGACCCCAGCUCCAUCUUCACCUCCGCCCCUGUCAGUGUGAAGUCUGCAUGUUCAACGCUAUUACAGUGCCAGUGACAUGGGUUCAAUUCCCGCCACUGUCUGUAAGGAGUUUGUACGUCCUCCCCGUGUGACUGAGUGGGUUUCCUCCGGGUGCUCCGGUUUCCUCCCACAUUCCAAAGACGUACAGGUUAGGAAGUUGCGGGCGCGCUACGUUGGCGCCGGAAGCGUGGCGACACUUCAGGCUGCCAGCAGAACGCUCUACGCAAAAGCUGCAUUUCACUGUGUGUUUUGAUGUACAUGUGACUAAUAAAGAAAUCUUAUCUUACCGCAUGGGUUUCCCCAAGUACUCUGGUUUUCUGAGGACAUGUUCCGACAUUAAUUGGCUACUGGAAAUUUCCCCCUUAGUGUUAGGUAAGAGGCAGGAAAACAGGAGGGGAGUUAAUGGGCAUCUGAGAGGAAUCAAAAAAUAACCUCAAAUUUGCUCACCGUUCAUUGUUAUCACAGCUUCAGGUUUUGCUAUGGAGUCAUAGUGAGCUACAACACGGUCCUGAGCAUCAACCACCCACUUUACACUAAUCCAACAUCAAUCCCAGAAUCCCAUCAACUCCCCCUAGAUUCUACCCCUCGCCUACACACUAGGAGCAAUUUACAGCAGUAUAUUAACCUACUGAACUGCAUGUCAUUGGGAUGAGGGGGGAAACCCACACGAUCACUGGGAGAAUACGCAAACUUCACACAGACACUGCCUGAGGUCAGGAUCGAACUCUGGCUUUUGGCGCUUUGAGGCAGCAGCUCUACCAGCUGUGCCACGUGCCUUUAUGUUGAGGUGAAUAUUCUAAAAAUGAAUUAGAAGAGAAAAGUGACAGGUCCCAAUAGAAAAAAAAGUUUUAUUUUCAAUAAAGAAACCAAGGAUGAAAAUGUGCUUGAUAAGGAUAAGGGGAAAAUGAUAGGGCUAUGAAGUAAGAGCACAGGUGCGAGAUCAUCUUAGAAAUAUGAGAUAAUUUCAGUAAAUCUAAAUGGUCAGAUGUGCUGAUUGAUUCCUUGUGAUAUUCUAAGCUCCUGUUACAUGUGUAAUGAAUCAGAGCUACUGAUGGUCUAUGCUGUCUAAUAAGGUUAAUCACUGAAUGGUAAAUUAUUCCAAUUGCAUAAAAUACAACUCCAAGUAAUCAAAUCUUUGUCAAGUGUGCAAAGAUACCUACAAAUCCUCUUGUUUAAUUUUUAAACAUCUACUGGUGAUAUACAGAUUGUACACUAGGACAUAUUGUAAACAGCAUACAAAGAGUGAUUUUUGUGUCAGUUCAGGCUGAAGCAAUGAAGUAAAUUAUAAUGACAUAAUAAAUAAUUCAAUGAAAAAAAUGCAA